UGAAGCAUGUCAUCACGGAGAGAGAGCAAAUACACAGUGGGCUGAACCAAAUCAACCAGCAACAACGAUCUACGAAGCACCAAAACACCACUAACACAACUUACACCGCUAUUACCAACACCAUCAACACCAUUAACACCAAAACACCACUAACACCAUUGCCACUAACAACACUUACACCACUAACAACACUAAUCAAAACACUACCAACUUCACUGACACCACUAACAACACUUACAAUAUCCACUAACUAUGAAUCUUGAGGCUCCCAAAACAGAGGUCAAGUCAGCCACUCGUGUAACUGGUGGCCCUGCCACACCACGCAAAGGCCCACCGAAAUUCAAACAAAGACAGACUCGCCAGUUCAAGAGCAAACCACCCAAAAAGGGCAUCCAGGGGUUCGGAGAUGACAUCCCAGGAAUGGAAGGAUUAGGCACUGACAUCACUGUCAUCUGCCCUUGGGAGGCCUUCAGUCACCUGGAGCUGCAUGAGCUGGCUCAGUAUGGAAUCAUCUGAGUCCUCCGCCUUCCCAUCAUCCCUUGCUGUUUUUUAGAGCCCCUUCCCCCUUUUACUAUCUUACUAUAUGGUGGUGACAGUCUCCAGUGGGACUACACAUUUAACAUAUCAUUGAAUGCAUUCAAGAACAGCGAUGUUUCUAAAAAUGGAAAAAUGAGGGGAAAAAAACUCUAAAAAACAAAUCUCCUCGCCACCCUUCUCAGAUUCUUUCUUUGCUGCAGCCAGAUCUGUUUUCAACUCGCUGUACCAGUUGUGGUCCAUUUUUUUAGAGGUUUCACCAAAAUCUAUCUUUACAUUUUUUCUUCUUAUUUGUCUUAUUUCUUCUGCUAACUGAUACAGAAUGGAAUUUGAAAAAAAAACAAACAAACAAACAAAGAAGCAUGAACUAUUUAAUCUGUUUCAUUAUUGGACCUCAGUACAGUAGAAGAAACUCAAUCAGACCUCCAGACCAUCUCUUUCCUAUUUUCUUUACCAGCUUCUCUUGCCCCCUUUCCUCCUCUUUAGCUUCUUUAACCAAGCCCUCCCUCCUAGCACACA